AUGCCUCAAGAAGUACAACAAAGUCAAACUAACGAAACCAAAACAGCCCCUACUGAUGUAGCAGGUCAAGGUGACGCAAAACGCAAAGCUACUCAAGGCUCCAAAAAAUCAGAAAAAGCAAUCGAAGGCGCUAAUAUAAAGAGCGAUCCUACUAUGCUUGCAGCAAAUGCCGCGGCUAUUUUAUCAAGUGUACCUCCUUCUGUAGCCCAGAACGUAGUAGGUCAGUCCACAGAGUCUACAAAUCCACCGUUUGAUAAUGUAUUGAAUGCUACAUAUUCUAUAAAUUCAACGAAUUCUCCUAUUGCAGUUGCACCUUUAAUCUCGAACCAACAACCAACCACAAUUAAUGACAUUUCUCCCAUGCUUCAUUCUGACAUGGGAGAAUUGAUGGAUAGCUCCGCUAUACACGAAGCAUCUCAAGACAAUUCCGGUAAUAAGCGUGCAGUUAGCACUCGCAACCUUACCAAUGACGAACGUCGACAGCGUAGACUUUUGCGUAAUCGAGUCGCUGCCAAAGAAUGCCGUCGUAAGAAAAAAGCUUAUGUGGCUGAUCUCGAAGAAAAAGUCACACGUUUAGAAGAGGAAAAUCUUCGACUUCUUAAAGAAGUUGAGGAUUUUAAUACGAAGUUAAACAUAAAUGCUUUGAAACUUGAAGAAAACGCACGUUUACAUAAAGAAGUUGAAGAAUUAAAGGCAAA